GGCGCCGAGACGAAUCGAACCCAAAAGAGCCCAAAGCCGAACCGUCUCCCCACAUCUCUCUCUAUCUCUCUCCGACAGACAAGCGCGAACCCAUCAAUCCCCUGCUUCUAGGGCUUUCCCCACAGCCCAAGCGCGAUCCAUCCAUGGCCGACGUCAUGAACCUGCCGGUCGAAUCCCUCGACGGCCGUCCCGAGGGCAAGGAGAAAUCCUCCGACGAUCCGGCCGAGUCCCCAUCGUCGCCGCCGCCCCCUCCCCCGCCCCCGCUGCCACCGCCGCCUUCGCAGCAGCAGCAGCAGCAGCAGCAGCCCCCUCCUGCCAAGAAGCGCGACAGGGAUUCGCGCGAGAGGGAGUUGGACCGACCUCCGAACCGCCGAGGAGGAGGCGGCGGCGGCGAUUACUACGAUCGCAACCAGUCGUCCCCUCCCCCGCCUCCGCUCAGGGAGAGGGACAGGGGAUACAAGCGGAGAGGGAGCCCGAGCCCGCCCCCGCCCUACAGGGAGCGGAGGCGGUCCCCGUUGCCGCCGUACAAGCGGUCGAGGAGAGAGGACGGUGGUUAUGAGGGUCGGAGAGGGAGCCCUAGAGGUGGAUUUGGACCCGGCGAUAGAAGGCUUGGAUAUGACUAUGGCUAUGAUCGUGAGAUGGGGGGAAGGUAUGGUGAUGAGAGGCUUCAUGGUAGGUACAUGGGUCGCUCAGCUGGAGGCUACCUGGGCGGUCCACUAGACUGGGAAACUGGCCGUGGUGGCUAUGGUGAUGCAUCUGUUGCAGGAACUGCCCCAAGAGAAGGAAUGAUGUCAUACAAGCAAUUCAUUCAGGAGCUUGAAGAUGAUAUAUUACCGGCAGAAGCUGAGCGAAGAUAUCAGGAAUACAAGUCAGAGUACAUUUCUACUCAGAAACGCGCAUAUUUCGAUGCUCAUAAAGAUGAAGAAUGGUUGAAAGACAAAUAUCAUCCGACAAACUUAGUUGCAGUUAUAGAAAGGAGGAAUGAACUUGCACGUCGAGUUGCGAAGGACUUUUUGCUUGAUUUGCAGAGUGGGACAUUGGACUUAGGUCCUGGCACUAAUGCCUCUUCCACAAGUAAAUCAGGUCAGGCAAGUGAUGCAAACUCUGACGAUGAACCAGAUACAAGCGGCAAAAGACGGCGACCUGGAAGAGGACAAACUAAAGAAGCUGAUCUGUCAGCUGCUCCUAAGGCUCAUCCUGUCAGUUCUGAGCCCAGAAGAGUGCAAGUUGAUGUUGAACAAGCACAGGCUCUUGUGCGGAAACUUGAUUCUGAAAAAGGUAUUGAGGAAAACAUCUUAGGUGGAACCGACAAUGAUAAAAUAAACAGGGAGAAAUCUCACGGCGGUUCUAGUGGCCCAGUUAUUAUAAUACGGGGUUUAACCUCUGUCAAGGGGCUGGAAGGCAUAGAUUUGCUGGAUACUCUUCUUACUUAUCUUUGGCGUAUUCAUGGCUUGGAUUACUAUGGGAUGACCGAGCCAAGUGAGGCUAAGGGUCUCCGUCAUGUUAGAGCAGAAGGAAAGGGUUCUGAUUCUGGAAAUAAUGGAGCUGAUUGGGAAAAUAAGCUUGACUCACGCUGGCAAGAGAGGUUAAGGGGUCAAGAUCCAUUGGAAGUGAUGACUGCUAGAGAGAAGAUAGAUGCCGCUGCUGUGGAAGUUUUAGAUCCUUAUGUCCGGAAGAUAAGGGAUGAAAAGUAUGGGUGGAAAUAUGGGUGUGGAGCCAAGGGAUGCACGAAACUUUUUCACGCUGCUGAAUUUGUGCAUAAGCACCUUAAACUCAAACAUCCCGAGCUUGUGAUGGAGCUUACAUCGAAACUUCGUGAAGAGCUCUAUUUCCAGAACUACAUGAAUGAUCCAGAUGCCCCUGGUGGAACUCCUGUCAUGCAGCAAAGCCUUAUGAGAGACAGGCCACAGAGACGUAGGUUGGGUUUGGAAAAUCGAUUGAGAGAUGAACGUGGCAUUCGCAGAGAGCGUGAUAACCGAGCCAAUGGCGGUGAGAGAUUUGAUAGAUCUGAAAAUCCACAGUCAGCUGAUAAAGAUGGCGUGGAUGGAGGGGAUGGAGAUGACCCCAUGUAUGAUUCUUUCGGUGGACAAGGCAUUCAUGUUGCUCCUUUUGCCUCGGAUAUUCCUCCUCCACCAGUUUUGAUGCCUGUUCCUGGUGCUGGUCCUCUGGGGCCUUUUGUUCCUGCCCCUCCUGAAGUUGCAAUGCAGAUGUUCCGAGAGCAGGGCGCGCCCCCUCCUUUUGAAGGCGCAGGGAGAAAUGGUCGACCUGGGCCACAGUUAAGUGGUCCUGCCCCAAUUAUUGCAUCUUUUCCAGGCUUUCGGCAGGAUCCUCGACGGCUAAGAAGUUAUCAAGACUUAGAUGCACCAGAGGACGAAGUGACAGUCAUAGACUACAGGAGUUUGUAGGCGACAGCACCGGCAGAGUGGUGAAGUCAUAGAACAAGCCAUCUCAUUAGGAUUCGAGCUUUUUCCCGAUGGUGGUCCCGGGUUUGCAAUAAUCCAAUCUCAUUAUGACAAUCUUGUGUAAAAGGAUAAGUGGGCAGGAACAUUUUGCUGAAUGAUUGGAUUUCUGCUGUGUUUAGUUGCCUGUAUUCCAGCAAUCGAGGUGUUUUCAUCGCUGUCCAGCUUCCAUUUAAUUGAAAAAAGAAAGGAUGAUUAU